AUGACUAAUACUACCAAAUCAAGGAUAUUACGGUAUAUGUUGGAAGGCCUCCUUCUAGCAUCUUUUGUGAGUGCAAAAAAUGUCGUGCCCCUCACCACGAUAGUGGACCCAGAAACGGGAAAGGUUAAAAGACAACUAGUAGAGGCUAUUAAUCCACAUUUGGAUGAUGAAGCUGGUCAUUUGGUCAGGCGUGAGGCCAAAAGAUUACCAUUAGACUUGGACGCCAUUUUGAACGAUGAGAAUGUAGGUAAACGUGAAUACAAAGACAUUCAACAUCCUUUCGAAGACAUGAAUUCUGUACUUGAAUCUGAAGAAGCAAAUGACAAAGAUUCAAAACAAAUGAUGCCCUUAUGCCUCGAUUCACGUAUUCCCUCUAUCAACGAGAUAAGCAUUUUUUCAAGCUAUUUAAGGAGCGAUUUGGACGUAUCGGCAAGGCUAGAGAACCCUCAGGAGAGCACCAUUAUCUUUGCACCCUCCAAUGAUGCUAUUGAGUCGCUAAAAUUGAAGCCAUGGCAAUUCCCUAUUGAUAUUGAUGCUCUUGAGGCUUCUACCAAUGAUCAAGAAGCUAUUGACAACGCAGUAAAUGAAAACAUCAUGCACUUUGUGAAAUCUCACAUAGUUUCAAGCGCCGACUUGAGUGGGGUUGUAAGGCAUAAGUGUAAAGGAAAAAAGACGGUGACCUUCAGAAGUCUUGCCUACGAAGGUGAUGACGACUCUGGUGAUAUUUUGUUAAAAAAGAAGAAAUCAAACUUUUAUGUGGCCUCUGCUAAGGACAAGGAGUUUCACCUUGUGGAACGUGUAGAUCAGGCGGAAAAUGGCGUGGUACUGGUGAUUGACACCCCCUUAAUUUUUGAUUAA